AUGAAGUACUCACUUCUUCCAUUUGUUCCUCUUUUCGUGGGUCUAUCUCAAGCAGCUUCUAGCGAUGACUGGGCUUCUCGAUCAAUCUACCAGGUUCUCACAGAUAGAUAUCAUCGAUCAUCGACUUCAGAUGCUCCUUGCAAUAUCACGAAUUAUUGUGGGGGAACUUGGAAUGGUAUCACGGAGAACUUGGAUUAUAUUCAGAAUAUGGGGUUUACGGCGAUUCAGAUUAGUCCGGUGAAUUUGAAUAUCAAUAGUACAACGAUUUAUGGAGAGGCCUUUCAUGGAUAUUGGCAAACUUCCCUCUACGAUCUCAAUCCAAAUUUCGGAUCAGCAGAUGAUCUCAAGAAUCUAAGCGCAGAACUUCACAAGAGGAAGAUGUAUCUCCUAGUCGAUGUUGUCGCCAGUGAGAUGGCCGUUGAUAUAGGAAAUCACAACAUGACAGCAGACACGAAGAUUGAUUACUCUGCCUUUUCUCCCGCUCCAUUCAACGAUGCAUCAUCUUACAAUUCCUACUGUCCAAUUGUUGACUGGCAAAACGUCACGGAAUAUCAAGACUGCUGGCUUGGAUUUACCGGAGUCGCAACCCCGGAUAUCAAGACCCAAGACAAAGCAGUGGCAGCCGAAUUGGGAAAGUGGAUUAAAACGCUCGUCAAUGAUUAUUCCAUUGAUGGAAUUCGUGUGGAUGGUGCUAAACAAAUUUCAUACGACUUUUUCCAGGAUUUUGUAGAAGCGGCUGGUGUUUAUCCUCUGGGUGAAGUGGAAGAUGGCGAUGCUGCGUUCACUUGCAAUUAUCAGCAGUAUACCCAGGGAUUAGAAAAUUAUCCAGUGUAUUACACUCUCAUUCGAGCUUUCACCGCGGGAGCGAUGUCAGGGUUGGUGGAAAUGAUUAAAAAGGUGGAAGUGGCUUGCAAAUCGACACAGUACCUCGCGAAUUUCAUUGAGAAUCAAGAUCAGCCACGAUUUGCCUCUUACAGUGACGAUGAAACCCUCGCAGCAAACGCCAUGGCAUUCACCAUUCUUGCCGACGGCAUCCCCAAAUACUACUACGGACAAGAACAACAUCUUACCGGAAACUACUCUCCCUACAACCGCCAAGCCCUCUGGGAAAACAGUCCCAGCACAACCUCCACCCUCUACAACCUAACCAGCACCCUCAACACGAUCCGCAACCACGCCAUCUCCAUAAACUCCAACUACAUCAGCAAUAGCUCCAUCCUCCUCUACACCGACGACUCCACCUACGCCACACGCAAAGGACCCAACGGCGCACACAUCGUCUCAGUCCUCAGUAACCAAGGUUCAAAUGGGGGAAGCUAUACCUUGAGUAUAAACAAUGCCGCAGAUCCAGGCACGAAGUUCACAGAGGUAGUGACGUGUAAGGCGUAUACGGCGAGUGGUAAUGGCACAGUUUUUAUAGAGAUGGAUAAGGGUGAGCCGAGGGUUCUAUUUCCGACGUAUCAGAUGAAUGGGACGGGGAUUUGUGGGAAUAUGAGGGAUGAGAGUGCAGGGACGGGAAAUACGGCGAGUCCGAGUGCGACGGGGACGGAGACGGGUGCGGCGAGCGCGACGAGUUCGAAGAAAGGUGGGACAGGGGGAUUGAGGGUUAGUAGUGUUAGUGGGUGGGUUUUGGGAGGUGUAGGGUUGGUUGCGUGGGGGUUGUUGUAG